ACGUGCAUCCUGCUGUGGGGACGGUCGAGCCAUGGCAGCCCUGCUGAGACCUGCCCGCUGGCUCCUCCGUGCCGGGGCGGCCCCGGGCCUCCCGCUCCCCCUGCGCCUCCUCGCGGGCGGCCCGGGUCGGCCCCGUGUUGCCCUCUGUCUGCCCGCCGCUCUCCCCGGGCCCGCCGCCGGAGGGCUACUGAGCCAAGCCAGGCUGUAUGCCAUUGCUGCUGAAAAAAAGAAUUAUCUUCAAGAGGAGCCCACUUCUUCGCAUAGAAGGAAUGCCAGUCAAUUUGAUUGGGCUUUAAUGAGACUAGAUAAUUCUGUCAGAAGAACUGGCCGCAUCCCAAAGACUCUUCUACAGAAAGUCUUUGAUAACACCUGCCACUCAGGUAGCCCGGGUGGUAAUCAAGCCUUGCUUCUACUGCGCAGCUGUGGUUCUUUGUUGCCUGAACUAAAACUCUCAGAGAGAACAGAAUUUGCCCAUAGGAUAUGGGACAAACUUCAGAAAUUGGGUACUGUGUAUGAUGUAAGUCACUAUAAUGCUUUACUUAAAGUCUACCUUCAAAAUGAAUAUAAAUUUUCACCAACUGACUUCCUGGCAAAAAUGGAGGAAGCAAACAUUCAACCAAAUCGAGUGACAUACCAGAGGUUGAUUGCUGCUUAUUGUAAUGUAGGAGACAUUGAAGGUGCCAGUAAGAUUCUUGGCUUUAUGAAGACUAAGGACCUCCCAGUCACAGAGGCCGUGUUCAGUGCCCUUGUUACAGGGCACGCAAGAGCUGGAGAUAUGGAGAAUGCAGAAAAUAUUCUAACAGUGAUGAAAGAGGCUGGAAUUGAGCCUGGUCCAGAUACAUACCUAGCAUUAUUGAAUGCAUAUGCUGAGAAGGGUGACAUUGACCAUGUUAAGCAGACUCUGGAGAAGGUGGAGAAGUCUGAUCUUUAUCUUAUGGACCGUGAUUUAUUUCAAAUUAUCUUUAGCUUCAGUAAAGCUGGGUAUCCUCAAUAUGUCUCAGAAAUUUUGGAAAAAAUUACAUAUGAAAGAAGAUAUAUUCCAGAUGCAAUGAAUCUCAUUUUGCUUUUAGUCACUGAAAAAUUGGAAGAUACAGCAUUGCAGAUUUUAUUAGCAUGUCCUAUAUCAAGGGAAGAUGGUCUGAAUGACUUUGGCAGUUUUUUUUUACGACACUGUGUGACUAUGGAUACGCCUGUAGAGAAGCUGAAGGAUUACUGUAAGAAGCUGAAGGAUGCUCAGAUGCACACCUCUGCUUUGCAGUUCACACUCCAGUGUGCUUUACUGGCCAGUAAACCCGAUUUGGCAAAAGCUCUAAUGAGCGCACUGAAGGAAGAAGGUUUUCCUGUCAGAACUCAUUAUUUUUGGCCGUUGCUAGUUGGAUAUCAGAAGGAGAAAAAUGUUCAAGGUGUAAUUGAAAUCCUCAAAGGAAUGCAUGAAAUGGGAGUAAAUCCUGACCAGGAGACAUAUGUAAAUUACGUGUUUCCGUGUUUUGAUAGUGUAAAAUCAGUUCGUGCUGUUUUGCAGGAAAAUGGAUGUCUACCUGAAAGUAAUGUAUUUUCUCAAGCUGAAUUGAAAAGUGAAGCAGUAAAUGGGAACUUAGACUAUAUUUUAUCAUUUUUGGAAUCAAAUACAUUGCCUUUCUCAUUUACUUCUUUGAGAGGCAGCCUAAUUCUAGGCUUUAGGAGGUCUAUGAAUAUAAAUCUUUGGAGCAAGAUAACAGAACUCUUGUACAAGGAUGGACGUUAUUGCCAGGAGCCUCUAGGACCAACGGAAGCUGUUGGCUAUUUUCUUUAUAACUUGAUUGACAGCAUGAGUGACUCAGAGGUACAGGCCAAGGAGGAGCAUUUGAGACAAUACUUUCAUCAGCUGAAGGAGAUGAAUGUAAAAAUUCCUGAAAAUAUCUACAGAGGCAUUCGUAAUCUACUGGAUAACUACCAUGUUCCCGAGUUGAUUAAGGAUGUUAAUAUACUGGUUGAGAGAGAGAAGAUAGACUCUCGAAAAACCAUGCAGCUUACAAUAUCUGAUUUGGAGUCCACACUUGAAAAACUAAAAGCUGAAAAUCAACCUGUAGGAGAUGUCCUAAAGCAACUCAUAUUAAUGCUUUGUUCAGAAGAGAACAUGCAAAAAGCUCUUGAAUUGAAAGCAAAAUAUGAAUCGGACAUGGCUGUCGGUGGCUAUGCAGCUUUAAUAAAUUUGUGCUGUCGACAUGAUAAUGCAGAAGAUGCAUUGAACCUGAAACAAGAAUUUGACCGUUUAGAUUCAUCUGCCGUCCUUGACACCAACAAGUAUGUGGGCCUUGUAAAAGUAUUGGGAAAACAUGGCAAGCUCCAAGAUGCUAUUAACAUUCUAAAGGAGAUGAAAGAGAAGGAUGUUCUUAUCAAAGAUGCAACAGUCUUGUCCUUUUUCCACAUCCUAAAUGGCGCAGCUUUAAGAGGUGAAACUGAAACAGUACAACAGUUGCAUGAAGCCAUCGUGACUCUAGGGUUAGCGAAACCAUCCACCACCAUAAGUUCCCCUUUGGUCACUCUUUAUUUGGAAAAGGAUGACUUACCUACUGCUCUUGAAGUUGCCAUUGACUGCCAUAAGAAGUAUAAAAUAUUACCAAGGAUUCAUGAUGUCUUGUGUAAACUGAUAGAGAAAGGCGAGACUGAUCUAAUUCAGAAAGCAAUGGACUUUGUGAGCCAAGAACAAGGUGAAAUGACGAUGCUCUAUGAUCUCUUCUUUGCCUUUCUACAAACAGGAAAUUACAAAGAGGCCAAGAAGAUCAUUGAGACUCCAGGCAUUAGAGCUCGGCCUACAAGACUUCAGUGGUUUUGUGAUAGGUGUAUUUCAAGUAAUCAGGUUGAAACUCUAGAAAAAUUAGUGGAGCUGACGCAGAAGCUAUUUGAAUGUGAUAGAGACCAGCUAUACUACAAUCUGCUGAAAAUAUAUAAAAUAAAUGGUGACUGGCAAAGAGCUGAUGCCGUUUGGAAUAAAAUGCAAGAAGAAAAUAUUAUUCCUCGUGGGAAGACAUUAAGAUUAUUAGCAGAAAUCCUUAGAAACAGUAAUCAGGAGGUUCCGUUUGAUGUACCUGAGUUGUGGGAUGAGGAUGAAAAACAUUCUCUGGAUUCUUCACCCUUACCUGAGGAGAGUAAUCUCCAGAAAGAUCUUCUGAAUGCCUGCCAAUGGAAGAAAAACAAAGAUGCAUAUAAUAUUUUCCUGAAAGCACAAAAUCGAAAUGUUGUGUUUAACGGUGAAACUUACAACAGUCUUAUAAAAUUACUAUUGACGAAGGAUAAUUUUACACAAGCAAUGCAAGUGAAAGAUUUCGCUGAGACCCACAUCAAGGGCUUCACACUGAACGAUGCUGCCAGCAGCCUCCUCAUCAUAACGCAAGUUAGGCGGGAUUAUUUGAAAGAGGCUCUAACAACACUAAAAACAGCCCUGGAUCUGGAGCAGAUGCCUUCUAGGAUAGCAGUGACCCGCCUUAUUCAGGCAUGUGCUUUGAAGGGUGAUCUAGAAAGCAUACAAGCGAUUCAGAAGAUGGUAAAUGGACUCGAAGAUUCCAUUGGACUUUCAAAUAUGGUUUUCAUCAAUAACAUUGCUUUGGCACAAAUAAAGAACAAUAACAUAGAUGUUGCAAUAGAAAACAUUGAAAAUAUGCUUACUUCAGGGAAUCAAACCAUGGAACCCCAGUACUUUGGCUUGGCAUACUUAUUCAGAAAAGUAAUAGAGGAGCAGCUGGAACCAGCAGUUGAAAAGAUAAGCAUCAUGGCAGAGAGAUUGGCCAAUCAGUUUGCAGUUUACAAACCUGUCACCGAUCUCUUCCUUCAGCUUGUGGAUUCAGGCAAGGUGGAUGAUGCCAGAGCUCUCCUACAGAGAUGUGGUGCAAUUGCUGAACAGACCCCAAUUUUCCUGGUGUUCUGUAUUCGGAGUUCUCGGAGACGAGGAAAGGCACCAGCUCUGAAAUCUUUGUUAGAAUUGAUUCCUGAAUUAACUGAAAAGGAAGAAGCAUACACUUCCAUCAUGAAAAGCUAUGUCUUGGACAAUGAUGUCGUGUCUGCUAAAGCACUAUAUGAAAACUUGACUGCAAAGAAUAUGAAGUUGAACGAUCUGUUUCUAAAGCGUUACGCAGUUUUUCUGAAGAAUGCUGGAGAGUCUGUCCCUUUCACUGAGCCUCCUGAAAGCUUUGAGUUUUAUGCAAAGCAGCUAAAGGAAUCAAGGGAGAACCCUUUGUGAAAAAAGCAGCCACUACUUUGUUUUGUGUGUAUUUGUAAUUCUGUGUCUAAAAUGUUAUUUUUUAAAUGUAUUUGCAAGAACAAAAUAAAUAAAUGAAAAGUUA